AUGGAGACAUUACUGGCGAAUUGUGUCGAGAAAAACCUUAAUCAGUUCAUGUUCACCAAUGCGAUCUUCCUUUCCGAACGUCUUUUCGCCCAAUUCCCCUCUGAGGUGAACUUGCAAUUGCUAGCUAGGUGUUACUUGAGUAAUAGUCAAGCUUAUAGUGCAUAUUAUAUCCUGAAAGGUUCAAAAACGUCUCAGUCUCGGUAUUUAUUUGCGUUGUCAUGCUUAAAUUUGGAUCUUCUUGGAGAGGCUGAAGCUGCAUUGUCUCCCAGUGAAGAAUAUGUUGAAGAAGUUCCUGGUGGUGCAGCUGGACAUUAUCUUCUUGGUCUUAUAUAUAGAUAUGCUGGAAGGAAGAAAAGUUCAAUACAACAGUUUAAGAUGGCAUUGUCAUUUGAUCCAUUGUGUUGGGAGGCAUAUAGAGAACUUUGUAGUUUAGGUGCCGCUGAAGAAGCUUCAACAGUUUUUGGCAAUGCUGCUUCCCAGCUUCUUCAGAAAACUUGUGUCGCACAAAGAAUACAUUGCUCAGAAAGAGCGUUCAUAGACCAGCUUACGAAUUCUGAUAAGGCUUCAAAAGAUACAAGUUUAUGGCAAACAGAACAUGAUCCAGGAGAGAACCAACAAGAUCUGAAAACUAAGCAGCUUGGAGCAGAUAUUCUGCCAGUUACUGACAAGAAACUUAACAGUAGUUCUCAUAGAAAUGGAUGGGACACGAACACACCUUCUCCAGUGCUUCCACAGGUAUUGGAUGCUCCACCACCUCUGCUUUAUAAGAAUAUGCGUCGUCCAACAAUGGAAGGAUUGAUGUCUGUACAUGGAGAGUCUCGAAAUAAGUUUGUCAGUGAAGAAGUGUCAGCAGAGGUUCCAGAAGAAUCUGGGCGUCGUCGGAGUGCUAGAAUAGCAGCAAAGAGAAAGAUACCUAUGUUGCAGUCAUAUGGAAAAGAUUCCCAUUGGUUACAUCUUUCACCUUCCGAGUCAAACUGUGUACCUUCUCUUCCCUCGAUGAUUGGAAAAUGCAGAAUCCAAAGCAGCAAGGAAGCAACGACGUCAGGCCAGUCUAGAAGUGACAGUGGAAGCUCAGUGGAUAAUGAGGAAAAUUUUAAUCCUAGCGAAUCUUCCUCGGAUCCUUUCAAAGUCAUUUCUGGAAUUUCAGGAGUGCUAAACCUUUUGAAACUUCUUGGAGAUGGCCACAGGCAUUUACUCAUGUACAAUUGUCAGGAAGCUUUGUUGGUAUAUCAAAAGCUAUCUCAGAAACAAUACAACACACACUGGGUUCUCUUGCAGGUUGGAAAAGCAUAUUUUGAGCUACAAGACUACUUUAAAGCUGACUCUGUCUUUACUCUUGCUCAUCAAAUGUCUCCUUAUGCUUUGGAAGGAAUGGAUACGUACUCCACUGUUCUUUAUCACUUGAAAGAAGAGAUGAGGUUGGGCUAUCUGGCUAAGGAGCUGAUUUCAAUUGACCGCCUAUCUCCUGAAUCCUGGUGUGCUCUUGGGAACUGUCACAGUUUGCGCAAGGAUCACGAAACUGCUCUCAAAAUGUUUCAGAGAGCUAUCCAACUGAAUGAAAGAUUCACAUAUGCGCAUACCCUUUGUGGUCACGAGUAUGCUGCAUUGGAAGCAUUUGAGGAUGCAGAGAGAUGCUACCGGAGAGCACUGAGCAUAGAUACAAGACACUAUAAUGCAUGGUACGGUCUUGGAAUGACCUACCUUCAUCAAGAGAAAUACGAGUUUGCGCAGCACCAAUUUCAACAAGCUCUCCGGAUAAAUCCACGGUCUUCAGUCAUCAUGUGUUACUCUGGGAUUGCUUUGCAUGAAUCAAAGAGGAACGAUGAAGCACUGAAGAUGAUGGAGAAAGCUAUAAUCGCGGAUGCUAGGAAUCCGCUGCCGAAGUACUACAAGGCUAACAUAUUAAUCAGCCUCGGUGAUUAUCACAAAGCCAAGAAAGUCUUAGAAGAGCUCAAAGAUUGUGCUCCUCAAGAGAGCAGUGUCCAUGGGUUGCUUGGAAAAAUCUACAAAGAGCUAAAGCUAUACGAAAAAGCCGUGUUACAUUUCGGCAUUGCUUUGGAUUUAAAUCCACCCCCAUCUGACGCUGUCAAGAUAAAGGCUUACAUGGAGAAGUUGACACUACCAAACGAGUUGGAGAUGGAGGAGGAUCUCUAG